AUGCAAAUAGUUACAGCCUUACGAGUAUCGGGUUGUCCUAUGUUAGCUUUACAUGUUUUACUACUAGGAUCACAUACUUCUCCAGUAUCACAAUCACCAUUUUUCGAACAAUUAAGAACUGAUAAAUGUGCACAAACAGUUAAUAAAUAUCAAGAUAUAAAUUUACAAAAAAAGAUUUUCUGUGAAUUUGCAAAAAAAUUGUUUAGUGCGUGCAUUUAG